AUGGCACAUAUUGGUUGUCUGUGGUCGCGCCACGGCGGCUGCGGCUGCAGCGCGCGCCCGGCUACAUAUUUGUUGUCUGCGGUCGCGUCGCGGCGGCUGCGGCUGCAGCGCGCGCCCGGCUACGUGACGCUGGCCGACAUCGGCGUGCCCGACCUGGGCUGCGCGCGCCCGCCCACACAGGUCACGCUGUUGCAACCGAAAAAGCGGAAAGAAGUAUGUGGCAUGGCGAAACCGAUCAGCGAAAUGUCCAUAUCGUCUACCGAGUCCGCCGAGGAUUACAACAAAAUGAUCCGUCUUCAGUCUCCCAUAGAGUCGCAUUUCGCAGUCACCCCCACUGUGGAGAGCAAGACGGGGUCGCCAGCCAAUGGAUUCACUACUUUAGAAGGAGGUCAGUUACUAUGCGAGGAGUUGGACAACCUGGCCAUAGACAACGAACAAACGCACAGAAGCAAGGAGUCUAUAGCCGGAAGUGACGACUUAAUACCCAUAAACUCAUCUUCUGCAAGCAUUGAAGAUUUGAAAAAGGAAAACUCUAGAAGCAAAGAGUCGAUAGAUGAUGUCGUGCCAAUAGUAUCGAGCGCGGCGAGUGUAGAGAAUUUAAAAUCAGAACAGUCCUUCAACCAGUUGAGCGAUUUAUUGAGUCCGGCGGAGGAGUCUAUAUCGAUGUUUACUCAGUUGUCGGAUAAGUUGACGGAGAUGACGACAGAGGGCGACAGUGGCGUCGAUACCGCGCAUAACUACUCUGAUGAUGAGGCGUGCAGGCCUGAGAAAUGGACGAUAUUAGACCUCCAAUUUGGAAUACCCCUAUUUGAUGAAACCUUAUGUGAGAAGAUUUGUAAGUGCAUUGUGGAGAGGAUAGCCAGGCCUGAAAUAUUGGACAAAGUGAAGGAAGACAAUGAAUUUAUAUGUUCCGAUGUACUGAAGUUUGUGUCCCAGUGUCAGUAUUACCCUGGUGAAGACAUGGGCAUCGUGAAGCGAGGCAUCCUGGUUCCUCUACCGAGAAAGAAUUUAUGUUUCGAAAACGGCCGCAUUACAGAGUGGACUGGUAAAUGAACUGUAAGCUCGAAAAAGCUGAAGUCAAAACUGAAAAUACAAUUUUAAAGUGACACUGCCCCCGAUUAGGCGUUUUAUCAGUAGGUAAAGUAUAGUUGGUAUUCAGGCAAUACAGACCUCAAAUUUUAAGUUUUUGAACGGUAUCGCUUAUUGCUAUCGUUUGGCAACUAUGUACAUAAUAAGUGGUAUCGCAAUCAACCUAUUGAUACAUUGUUUAAAUUGGCAAUACUCCUGGCAUAGUAGUCGCAGCCAUAAUUAUUAAAAGUAACGUAAAUUUUAAUGAGAUUGUUACUAUAUUUUUUGCAUAAAAUAUUUAUAAAUAGUAAUAGCGAAUUUAAUUAGUUUAAUAUGUAAGGAUUCGGCAUACUAAAAAAUCAAAAGGGGCUUCAUAACCAAAGUUAACACUAUCAAAAUAUUUUUGUCUUAUUUUUUUAUUACUUAUGGUAAAUUGUACUGAUUUUACACAGUAUUUCGAUUAUGAAUUUAAGAUUUUUCAAGUUGAUCGUUUUCAUUGCGUUAAUUUUAAUUAAUAGAGUUUAAUCUCGUUGGGUUUUUUAAAAUUUUAAUAUUUUUUUAUUCGGUUAUGAUUAUGAGUUAUGAGCUUGGCUCUUGUCGGUGUAGUACCCAUCUGAAAAAUAUCACAUCACAAGCCAAAAUUGUACAACAAGACCUCUCUGCAGGUGGUCCAUAAAAACAUAAUAUUAAAUAUUAUUUAUGAUUAUCUUUUGUUUAGGCUAUGUAUGUAUUUUUUAUAUUAUGCGUAGUAGUUCCGUCCUAAGUAACUAGAAGGUUUAAUAAUCGUUGUAUAUAGACCAGACAAUAUUACACAUUUAUGCAACACCACAAACAAUAUUCUAAAUUAUGCUUACAUUAGGCUAGUAAGUAUUUAAAGUAAA